GCAACUAUGGCGCCUUCCAGUGAGAGGAUGGGACGAGUGCUAGUGGUGCUGCUGGUGCUGUGUUUUAGUGUCGAGGCUGUGGAUCGUGGUAACUUCAAAACAUGCGAGCAGAGCGCCUUCUGCAAGCGUCAGAGGGAGCUGAAGCCAGAUCAGUCUCCAUACCGAGCUCUGCUAGAUACCUUAGAGCUCAGUGACUCCAGGAUUACACUGCAGCUCAUUAAUGAUAAUAACAAGGUGCGUCUGCUCUUGGAGCUGUACAGACUGCAGGGCAACAUGACACGGGUUAAAAUCAACGAGCUGAAGCCUCUCAGACCUCGUUACGAGGUCCGGGAUGUCCUCAUCACUGAUCCUCCUACCAAACCCAUGACGGUGGUGACUCAGGACAAGAACGGCGUGGUGCUCUCUCUGGGCGCAGAUGAACGGCGGCUGAUCGUCAGCGCUCAACCCUUCCGCCUCGACAUCAUAGAGGGCCCACUAGUGCUGCUAUCCCUCAAUUCCCGAGGCCUGCUGGCCUUCGAGCACCUCCGUCUGCGCAAAGACACCAUCUCUCAUAAAAUAACAAGCACUUUCGGUAGCAUGUGGGACUCGAUCAAGAGCGUGUUCUCUAGUAAACAAGACCCAGAGGAAGCUGGUGGGUCAGAGAGUGCUGAGGAUGCAGGUGAUGAGGGUGAAGAGGGAAAAGAGGAAGAGAAGCCUGGCAUGUGGGAGGAGACAUUUAAAACCCACAGUGACUCAAAGCCCAAUGGUCCAACAUCCAUUAGUCUAGACUUCUCUUUUCCGGGCGUGGAACAUGUUUACGGCAUUCCCGAGCACGCAGACACUCUCAAACUGAAAAACACGGAUGGGAGUGACCCGUAUCGGCUUUAUAACCUGGACGUGUUCCAGUAUGAGCUGCACAACCCCAUGGCCCUGUACGGCUCCGUGCCCAUGCUCAUAUCCCACAAUGCUCAGCGCACCAUGGGUGUCUUCUGGUUGAAUGCAGCUGAGACCUGGGUGGACAUCACCUCCAGCUCUUUGAUGAUGUUUGGUAAGAUGCUGGACUUUGUCCAGGGUUCGAGUGAAGUCCCGCAGACGGAUGUGCGCUGGAUCUCUGAGAGUGGCAUCAUCGAUGUCUUUAUCAUGCUCGGACCAACACCAAGUGACGUUUUCACGCAAUACGCCUCACUGACAGGCACUCAGGCCUUCCCUCCUCUUUCCACUCUUGGAUACCAUCAGUGUCGCUGGAACUACAAUGAUCAGGAAGAUGUCAAAGCUGUCGAUCAGGGUUUCGACGAGCAUGACAUCCCCUAUGACUUCAUCUGGUUGGACAUUGAGCACACUGAUGGCAAACGUUACUUCACCUGGGACCCUGAAAAAUUCCCACAGCCCAAAGAAAUGCUUCAGGGGCUCAUGGAAAAGAGACGUAAGAUGGUCACCAUUGUAGACCCUCACAUCAAAGUGGACAGUGGCUACAAGAUUCACAAUGAAAUUCGCUCCAAGGAUUUUUAUGUCAAGAACAAAGACGGAGCAGAUUAUGAAGGCUGGUGCUGGCCAGGAAGUGCUGGAUAUCCCGACUUCACCAACCAUGAGAUGAGAGCCUGGUGGGCUAACCAGUUUGGCCACAACCAGUAUGAGGGUUCCAUGGAGAACCUGUAUACGUGGAACGAUAUGAACGAACCAUCUGUGUUUAACGGGCCGGAGGUGACCAUGCACAAAGACGCGCUGUUAGGCGGCUGGGAGAACAGAGACGUGCACAACCUCUACGGGCUAUAUGUGCACAUGGCGACUGCUGAAGGCUUGACCCAGCGCUCUGGUGGCACAGAGAGACCGUUUGUUCUCUCCAGAGCCUUUUUCGCAGGAUCCCAGCGCUAUGGAGCAAUAUGGACAGGAGAUAACGCAGCUGAGUGGGGCCAUCUGAAGAUGUCCAUCCCCAUGUGUCUGAGUCUGGGACUGGUGGGCAUUUCCUUUUGUGGAGCCGAUGUUGGUGGUUUCUUCAAGCAUCCGAGUGCUGAGUUGUUGGUACGUUGGUACCAGGCGGGUGCAUACCAGCCGUUUUUUCGUAGCCAUGCCCACUUGGACACCCCUCGGCGUGAACCCUGGCUCUUUGGGCCAGAAAACACGGCUCUGAUCAGAGAAGCGAUACGUCAAAGAUAUACACUACUACCCUACUGGUACCAGCUCUUCUAUAACGCUUAUCGCACUGGACAGCCUGUCAUGAGGGCUCUGUGGGUGAACUAUCCCGAGGAACCAGCUACAUUCGCCAUUGAGAAUGAAUAUUUAAUUGGUAAAGAUCUGCUUGUACACCCUGUUACUGACGAGGGCGCAAAGAGCGUCACAGCCUACCUGCCUGGGAAAGGAGAGGUUUGGUACGAUGUUCACACAUUCCACAAACAUGAAGGGGCUCAGAAUCUCCACAUUCCAGUCACCAUGAGCUCAAUCCCAGUGUUCCAGCGUGGUGGCUCCAUCAUCAGCAGGAAGGACCGCAUCAGGAGAUCCUCCUCCUGUAUGGAGAAUGACCCGUACACCCUCUACAUAGCACUGAGUGCUCAGGGCACCGCUGAAGGAGAGCUCUACAUUGAUGAUUUCCACACCUUCAACUUUGAAAAAGAAAAGCAGUUUAUCCACAGGCGACUGCACUUCUUUGAUAAUGUGCUUACCUCCAGUAAUCUGGCUCCAGACUCGAAGUUCACCACAGCAGCAUGGAUAGAGAAGGUGGUAAUAAUUGGAGCCACUCGUCCAUCUUCUGUCUCCGUGAAGACGGCAGAUGGUGCGGAGUCUGCUGUGGAGUUUGAUUUUGAUUCUGCAGUGUCAGUGUUAACAUUGCAUAAACCUGGCGUCAAUGCAGGGACCGACUGGACUGUGACGUUGCAGUAACACACACACACCACACACACACACACACACCACACACACACACACACACACAGGUUACUAGGACAUAAACAAAUUUAUGCACACAUCAUCUUACCAGAGGGAGCAACACUUUUUUUUUUGCCAGAUUUGAUUCCUUCACACACAUGCACUGGGAAUGAGUGUGCGUAGAAUAUUUAGGUUUGGGACAAUUUUAGGUUGAGAAUGUAAAUAGAGAAGGAUAAAAAAAAUAGGAUCAUUAGAGGAAAAAUAAAUAUUUUAAAUUUCUCUGAAUUAUGUUCCUAUUAUUGACCAUUACAUCACUUUUAUUUUAAAAUCAUUUGCAUCAAGUUUGAAUUAAGGAGAACCAGAAGUAUCUGUAGAUGAUGGUCAAAGCAUAUUUCCUCUAUUAAUACCCCCCCCAGUGGAAGACGAUUUAUGAAGGAAUGUGGAAACUUUUGCGCUGACUUUCAAUAUUCCAGUUUUCCACACGAGUAAUAAGAAAAUAUCAUAGCUAGAGUUGUUAAAUCCUCAUUGUAAAUGUGAUUUAGAAAAGGCCUAAAUAAUAGGUUAAAAUUGAGCCAUACAGUAUUUCACUAUAUUUACUACCUGAUUUAGUAUAGUUUGGAGAUUGAUGUCUUUCUUAGACGACCUCCAAUGACUACAAUGACUUGAAUAAAAUUCAACCGCUCGUUUACGCUGAUUAUUCAGUAUAAUUUACUACAUGUUUAUAAUACUAUUAUCAAUUGGUUUCUGAUUUCUUUGAUUUGUGUUUACGUUUCCUCAGUAUUUCAUUUGAAUGUUCAGAAUUAAAACAAUGGUUGUUUGAAACACAAAUAUCCAUAUGAGUGUCAAUAGGUGUGUUAAUAUUGUAUUUGAGCUGUGUAAAUUAAGAGAAGUCGACUGCAUCCCUGACCCAAACAUUAAAGCAUUAAUUCAUUCCAAGGCCUUUCAAUCUCAAUGAAAACUUUAGGUUUUGAUCUGAUCAGAUCUUUAGGUUUUGAUAAAGCUUACAUCUCUGUGGAUCCUCUGUGAACUCUGUUAUACUGAUGGAGGUUCAGGUAAUGUUCUUUCGCUUAGGAUAAGAUAGGCCACUCGGGAAAUGUUUCAUGUCAAUGCCUGGCUCAUAAACUCAUGGAUGGCUGAAAUAAAGAUGAUGAUAGAUCUCUCA